AUGUAUCACUCAGCAUACGUUGACAGCAAAGACUUUAACGAACUUUGGGUAAACCAGACGAACUCUACAACUCCGUGUGCCGCGUAUUUCCGGAACUUGAAUUUCGUGGAGUCACUUAGAAAUUGUGAUGAAAGCCAUCUGUACAUAUGCACAAAACCUACGAGGUUUUUAGGUCAUACUAAUUUCGAGAUCGGUGGCCCGUUCCUCGACCAAGAUGAGUUUCUCGAGUAUUCACCCUUAACACUACACACACUGUACGGAAAACUUGACAGGGCCGUGUAUGAAGGAGAACUUGUUUUUGUUCAUACGCCUACUGCAAUUACGGAUUAUACAAGUAAAUAUUACGAGAUUACUCUGAACGAUCGAGAUAUCGUCACACAAUCAAAUCCGAAAGUUGCACCAUAUUACAUAAACGUGACAUUACCGCCGUGGGAAAUAAAUAGUUUUCGGCUUGAUUUGAUCUACGACAACAUUAUGCGGUCCGCGGGGUACUAUACCUUUGGCUUGUACAAUAUCAACCCUCCACAGUCCUACAAGCCAUCACCGCCAGUACUUGUACGAUACUCAGCGUUUGAAAAUUCGGGGAAACUGUCGAUGUCCAUGAUGCACAAGUUUAAUCUACUCAAAGAUGAAAACAUACCUAACAUAAUAAACGCGUACACAGGAGGGAUGUAUAAUGCGUCGAUUGUGCCGGCUGGACUUGGGGCAAUCGCAUCGGAUUAUAGAGGGAAAAUCGAAUAUGUCAGCUCACGGACUUUGAAAAUGCGAAUAUUUGUUGCACCAAGGGACGCAUCAACAGAUCUUGAACAAGUUGUUUUGCAAAUUGUCAAGAAACAUUUAAGGACUUCGGCUAGAAACAUAGUUAAUCCUGAUACUUUAGUAGUUCGGAGUACAGUCACUUGUCCACUGACCGUUACACACAGAGAUGGAAGGGUUAUAACGUUCCAAUCAGUACGAAUUGGCGACCAGACAUUUAGCUGGGAACGUUGUUAUCCAGAAAAUAAAGCCCUCGCUACCGCCGAAUGUAAGGGGAAUUACGACGAUGGAGCAAUAUUGGAUAAUAUCAGGCUGGCCGAUGGUUGCGGAGUUGUUCCAGCGUAUAAUCAGUCAACUAGUACCGAAUUCCUUAAAAAUCUGUCUGAGACAGUAUUUGACAAGCAAAACUUCAAGAAUAUUUUGAACACCACCGUGAAAUUGACAGAUCCACGGGUCAACUUAACAGAAGCAGAUAUAAUUUAUGUGGCUGAUAUUCUUUACCACUACCUGGAUUUUGACAUUAGAAAUACUUCGUCGGAGGUUAUGGACUAUGUUUUGAGUAUAGCUAACAACAUACUUCAAAUCAACCCGGAAUCCAUAGACCUCGCUCAAAAGAUAACGAGCGCAGGAAAUACGAUUAUUCGUUCAGUUGAUGACCUAACGAAUCAGGUUCAACUAUCCACCAAUGGCUCCUUGCAGUUUAUUCGAGACUCCAUUGUGAGCGAGAUUUGGGAUCAAAAUGGAUCAGGUGACCUUGUAAUUGGAAUAAACCUUAGCAAUACGACGGGUACGGCGAUAAAUAAAGACUCUAUUUCAUCUGUAAAAAGACCGGAUGACGUUGAUAUUCCGACUGCUGAGACAACUGUUUACCUGGGGGAGAAUUUGGUUAAAGGACAUGUGUCAAGGCUCACUUUUCACAUUUAUGCAAAGACGGAUCUUUUUUCAACCGCUGGAAAUAGAUUAAAAAUUAACAGCAAAGUUGCCGCAGCCAGAUUAACAAAGAAUGGUAGAGACAUUGUACAGUUGGGAAAUGAUUCAGUUACGAUUGUGUUUCAAGUUUUGGAGGACCACAAUAACCCAGUUUGCUCCUACUGGGAUUAUUACGCAGACGAGGGUGCAGGCGGUUGGAGAACUGAUGGAUGUUCUAUGACGUCAUAUGUCAACAAUACUGUGGUCUGCAAGUGUAAUCAUCUUACAAACUUUGCAGUGUUAAUUGAUCUCGAGGGCGGCAGUGGAAUUUCAGAGCGUAACAAAGUUGCAUUGGGAAUCAUCACAAAAGUCGGACUCAGCAUCUCAAUUAUUGGCCUAGGUCUUACAAUUUUAACGUUCGUCAUUUUCAAGCACUUACGCAACGGUCGCGGUCGACAGGUGUUGGUAAACUUGAGCGUGUCCAUUUUGUGCUCCGCAAUCCUAUUCCUUUUUGGUAUGGAAAGAACGGAGUCGCGUGGUGGAUGCAUCGUCGUGGCUGCACUUCUUCAUUACUUUAUCCUCGUAUCAUUCAUGUGGAUGCUCGUCGAGGGGAUCUUGCAGUACCUGCGAUUUGUGAAAGUUCUUGGGACGUAUAUCCCCAAAUUCAUGAUCAAGACGAUGAUACCGGCAUGGGGAAUACCCUUGAUUCCGGUUAUUAUAGUACUGGCUAUAGAUUACGAUAUGUACUACGGUGGAAAAGGAUAUUGCUGGUUAUCGGGAAAUCCACUGCUGUAUGCAUUUAUUAUUCCCAUAGCGGUCGUUAUCCUUGCAAACCUCAUCGUGUUUACGCUGGUCAUGUGUAAUUUGUUAAGACGGAAUACGAAUACCAUGAAAUCAAACCAGUCGGAACUCAAGAUGGCAUCCUUGCACUUUCAGGCUGCUGUGUCUAUAUUUGUUAUUCUAGGUCUGUCGUGGGUUUUUGGUUUCCUGACAGUUGAUGACACCAGGAUCGUCUUUCACUAUCUGUUUGCGAUAUUCAACGCCUUCCAAGGACUCUUCAUCUUCUUGCUCUUUACUCUCAGAGAAAAGAAGAUUCGCAAUGCCUGGAGAAAGUUGUGCUGUCCUAAAUCCGUUUACAAGUCUACUACCGGUUCGGAAGAACACACAGGAAAGAGUACACACUCCGCUACUUAAAGUACUGAAGUAGUGGGCAUCAACUGAAACAGUACAGGCUACUCCAAUGGAGAGGAGCCAAAAUAGUGACUUUUUGAUUUGGAAUGCAAACACAUAAUGUGAAAACGGAAAGGUUUUCACCCCUUGAUUUAACCAUCCUCUUGAUGGAACUGUACUAACAUUCCAUGCCAUUUGUAAAUGUCUGUUCUUGGUUUUUCGUGAAAAUAGUCGAAGUAGUGUCUUAGACUUGGUGGUGUCGUUGUCGACAAUGCCGUUGGGGUUGCUCAAUAUAUAUGCAAAAAGCUACAGAAACAUGCUCAGUAGCAAAAAGUUUAAAGAUAAACCCGGUUUAGUGGCAAUGGGCAACGCCAAAACAUAGAACAAAAAUUCACAGACAAGAAACAUAGAACAGCACACAACUCUACAAACAGCACAGUGCAUAAAUACUAUAUAUAUAUAACUAUAUAUAUAAUUGGUAUGUUUAUCAAGAAUUGUUAGAAAUAGCCUUUAAUAGCUUUACAUUGGAGUCCGUUACAGAUAUUCGCAUGAUUUUGUUUUGGCUAUAAGUGUUAGAUAUUCGAAGGAAAUUCACAAUGACUAUAAAGUAGAACCCGUUACAUAUAUAUGGAUGCCAUUAGUGUACAGGUUUUAAAUGAGGAUGAUCACAUAUGUAGCAAGUGCCACUACUCUUGCAAAUAUAUUUUGAGUUGUUGCCACUUCGUCAUAAGGAGACACGGGUGAGCGUUGCAGUUUGUUGUGCUUUUGUUUUGCUCGAGCUAGAUUUCUUAAAGGGACUCGUUCACAAUAGGGUAAAUUGCAGUUUCUAAGAAAAUAUUUCCGUUUUCCAAAUCAAGCAUGGCAAAUCGUUUGAAGUGUUCAAACUAUGUUUUGACAGCUUGAAACCUUUCUUAAAAUUUGACAUAUGUUCAAAUCUUGCCUUUGAAGUCUUGAAAAGCGUAAUUAACGCAUGACAUUUUAUUUGGUUAUAAGAGUUAGAUAUUCGAAGGAAAAUCAUAAUGACUAUAAAGUAGAACCCGUGACAUAUAUAUGGAAGAGACUAGUGUAUAGGUUUUUAAUGACAAUACGCAUAUGUGUAGCAAGUGGCAUCCCUCUUGCAAAUAUAUUUUGAGUUGUUGCCACUUCGGGAGAAACGGAUGAGGGUUGUCGUUUGUUGUGCCCAAUAUCCAUCCUGUAGCACUACCUUUACGUUCGCAGCCAGUGCAUGUGUUCACGGUAAAUUUAAUAGAGCAGUCCCUGUUCACCGCUGAGUAGGAAUGCUUGAAUAUUGCCUUUUUUCAAAUUUCAACAAUAUUUUGAAAAGAAACAAUACAUUGUGUUUUUUAAAAGCUUUUACUCGCGUAUUGUAGGAAAACUAUUUGGGUACCAAAAUGUCAACGAGUCCCUUUUAACCACUGUCAAAGAGUCAAUGGAGACUUUGAUAUGGCCUGAUUUUCAUGUAAAUUCUCCUUUGCUAGAACUCCUUUUAUCUCGAUUUUG